CCACCCCCCCCCCCCCCCCCUCCCCCCCCCCCCCCCCCCAAAACCCCCCCCCCUCCCCCCCCCCCCCCCCCCCCCCUUUUUUUUUCCCCCCCCCCCCCCCCCCCCCCCCCCCCCUUUCCCCCCCCCCCCCCCCCCCCCCCCCCCCCCCCUUUUUUUUUUCCCCCCCCCCCUUUUUCCCCCCUCCCUUUCCUUCCCCCCCCCCCCCCCCCCCCCCCCCCCCCCCCCCCCCCCCCCCCCCCCCCCCCCCCCCCCCCCCCCCCCCCCCCCUUUCCCCCCCCUUUUUUUCCCCCCCCCCCCCCCCCCCAACCCCCCAACCCCCCCCCCCCCCCCCCCCGGGGGCCCCCCCCCCCCCCCCCCCCCCCCCCCCCCCCCCUUUCCCCCCCCCCCCCAACCCCUACCCCCCCCCCCCCCCCCAAAAAACCCCCCCCCAAACCCCCCCCCCCCCCCCCCCCCCCCCCCCCCCCCCCCCCCCCCCCCCCCCCCCCCAAAACCCCCCCCCCCCCCCCCCCCCCCCCCAACCCCUUUUUUUAAACCCCCCCCCCCCCCCCCCCCCCCCCCCCUCCCCCCCCUUCCCCCCCCCCCCCCCCCCCCCCCCCAAAAAACCCCCCCCCCCCCCCCCCCCCCCCCCCAAAAAAACCCCCCCCCCCCCCCCCCCCCCCCCCCCACCCCCCCCCCCCCCCCCCCCCCCCCCCCCCCCCCCCCCCCCCCCCCCCCCCAAAUCCCCCCCCCCCCAAACCCCCCCCCCCAACCCCCCCCCCACCCCCCCCCCUUUUUAACCCCCCCCCAACCCCCCCCCCCCACCCCCCCCCCCAUUUUUGCCCCCCCCCCCCCCCCCCCCCCACCCCCACCCCCCCCCCCCCCCACCCCCCCCCCCCCCCCCCCACCCCCCCCCCCCCCCCCCCCCCCCCCCCCCCCCCCCCCCCCCCCCCCCCCCCAACCCCCCCCCAACCACCCCCCCACCCCCCCCCCCCCCCCCCCCCCCCCCCACCCCCCCCCCCCCAACCCCCCCCCCCCACACCCCCCCCCCCCCCCCCCCCCCCCCCACCCCCCCCCCCCCCACUCCCCCCCCCCCCACCCCCCCCCCCCCCCACCCCCCCCCCCCCCCCCCCCCCACCCCCCCCCCCCCCCCCACCCCCCCCCCCCCCCCCCCCCACCCCCCCCCCCCCCCCCCCCCCACCCCCCCCCCACCCCGUAUCUCCCACUACAGGAGCUGUUAAUCACCGAUCUCCGCUUAGGUUCCUUUGUAAUGGGGGAGGAAUAACACUAGAGCAAUCAGACCAGCAGUCUCAUAAAGCAGAAGGAGCACUGGGUUUGUCUCAGGGCGAGUCCACUUCAUUAGCGCUCGAGUUAGCCAAACUCAUCUUGAAACAACCAGAGAGCAGCAAGCAUUUGCUAGGGAGUAGUUUGGUAGAGAAGGAGAGGAGUCUCAUCUUUCUUCCCAACAGCCUGACAAGAGUAGAGAUCGUCAGAGAAGAGUUCCUGACUGGAGGACGAAGUGGCAGGACUAAGGGGAACGACGACACCAACCAAGUCACCUGGGAAUGUCAGCAAGUAGGAAAUCCUGGACAUCACAUUAAACCUGCACCACUCCAUCCCAUAUCCACAGAUGGAGAACCUUUUGCAGAGUUAAUCAUUGAUUGUGUAGGUCCAUUACCUAAGUCCAAGUCUGGGAACCAGUACUUACUCACUAUUAUGGACAAAGUUACUAGGUAUCUAGAAGCAGUCCCUAUGUGCAGUAUCAACACCAAAGCCAUUCUUAAUGCCCUUACUAAAUUCAUAUCCUGCUUUGGCAUUCCUAAGUUUAUUCAGAGUGACCAAGGUACCAAUUUUACUGCCAAAGCGUUUAGGGAAGCAUAG